GGAGCUGAAGAGGUGAGGUGCCGGAGCUUUUUCUCUUCCGGCUGUGUGAAUGGGUGGGGGGGGUCCCUUGUGGUGAAGAAUCCCGGAUUGAAGUAAACAACAGAAAGCUCCACUUUAAUGGCUGGCAGGUAGAAGCCAAAGAGGGACAAUCAACAUGAACUCGAUUCCGUCGAUGGACAGACACAUACAGCAGACCAAUGACCGUCUGCUCUGUAUCAAACAGCACUUACAAAAUCCAGCAAAUUUCCAAACAGCAGCAACGGAGCUGCUAGACUGGUGUGGUGACCCCCGGGCCUUCCAACGUCCCUUCGAGCAAAGCCUGAUGGGAUGCCUAACGGUGGUCAGCCGCGUAGCCGCACAGCAAGGCUUCGACUUGGACCUGGGCUAUCGGCUCCUGGCUGUGUGCGCCGCCAACAGGGACAAGUUCACUCCAAAAUCAGCAGCUCUCCUGUCCUCCUGGUGUGAGGAACUCGGGCGCCUCCUUCUCCUCCGUCACCAGAAGAACAGACAGAACGAGCCUCCGGGAAAAGUGCCCAUGCAGCCUCCCAUGAGUUCCAUGAAGCCCGGCCUCUCACAUGGAGACGGGUCCUUUCCGUAUGACUCGGUUCCCUGGCAGCAGAACACCAACCAGCCCCCGGGCUCCUUGUCAGUGGUGACUACUGUCUGGGGCGUCACCAACACCUCACAAAGUCAGGUGUUGGGGAAUCCAAUGGCCAACAACAACAAUCCCAUGAAUCCUGGGGGCAACCCCAUGGGCUCGGGUAUGUCUGGCAACAAUCCAGGGAUGAACUCCCCCCAGUUCCCCGGUCCUCAGCAGCAGUUUCCUAACAAGGGCAACUCCAACCAGGGCUACAUGCAGCAGGGCAUGUACGGGCGACCCAAUUACCCCGGUGGAGGAGGAGGCUUCGGUAGCAAUUACCCUGGAGGGCCUAAUGCUGGACCCGGUGGCAUGGGCAUCCCUCCACAUUCUCGUCCUCCUUCGGACUUCACACAGCCUGCUGCCGCUGCCGCCGCUGCAGCUGUCGCCGCCGCCGCUGCCACGGCAACCGCCACUGCCACGGCAACUGUUGCUGCCCUGCAGGAAACGCAGAACAAGGACAUGAACCAAUAUGGACCGAUGAGUUCCUCUUUCCAGAUGGGACCAAAUCAGGCGUACAACAGCCAGUUCAUGAACCAGCCAGGACCCCGUGGCCCCCCGUCCCUCCCUGGGAACAUGGGCGCAGGUAUGAACUCUUCCAACAUGAGCGGUCCCCCUAUGGGAAUGAACCAGCCCAGGGGCCAAGGCAUAGGGCCAUUCGGGGCUCAUGGCCAAAGGAUGCCGCAGCAAAGCUAUGCAGGACCUCGGCCUCAGGGCAUGGGCAUGCAAGGCAUGAAAAGACCCUACCCAGGGGAGCCAAAUUAUGGUGGACAGCAGUAUGGACCAAACAACCAGUUCCCUAACCAGCAAGGGCAGUACCCCACAGCUAAUGCCUCCAGGCCGCUGCCAUCCCCCAACUAUCCCGGCCAAAGGAUGCCAGGACAGCAGAUUCAGGGCCAGUACCCCCCACCCAGUGCUGCUAUGGGCCAGUACUAUAAGCAAGAACCACCUUUCAAUGGCCAAACCAAUAACUUCUCUGGGAGUGGAUAUCAGUACAACCAAGGCAAUAUGAAUGGACCUCCCAGACAGGUAGGGAAUUACCCCCACUCCCCGGUGCCGGGUAACCCUACUCCCCCGAUGACCCCAGGAAGUAAUAUCCCUCCAUACCUGUCGCCAAACCAGGACGUCAAGCCACCCUUCCCCCCAGACAUCAAACCAAAUAUCACUGCACUUCCACCUCCUCCAGCCAAUCCUAAUGAGGAGCUGCGGCUGACAUUCCCGGUGCGGGAUGGGGUGGUCCUGGAGCCCUUCAGGCUUGAGCAUAACUUGGCUGUCAGCAACCACGUCUUCCACUUAAGACCCUCCGUACACCAGACACUUAUGUGGAGAUCGGAUCUAGAGCUGCAGUUCAAGUGCUACCACCACGAGGACCGGCAGAUGAACACUAACUGGCCAGCGUCGGUCCAGGUCAGUGUCAACGCCACACCCCUCACCAUUGAGAGGGGCGACAAUAAGACGUCCCACAAGCCUCUGCACCUGAAGCAUGUGUGCCAGCCAGGACGAAACACCAUCCAGAUCACGGUCACCGCCUGCUGUUGUUCGCACUUGUUCGUGCUACAGCUCGUUCACAGGCCGUCGGUUCGCUCCGUGCUCCAGGGCUUACUGAAGAAAAGGCUACUGCCUGCGGAGCACUGCAUCACCAAAAUUAAGAGGAACUUCAGCAGCGUUGCAGCGUCCUCUGGCAACGCCGCGCUCAAUGGAGAGGACGGCGUGGAGCAGACGGCCAUCAAGGUUUCCCUCAAAUGUCCCAUCACCUUCCGGCGGAUACAGCUUCCAGCAAGAGGACAUGACUGCAAACAUGUCCAGUGUUUUGAUUUGGAAUCGUAUUUACAACUGAACUGUGAGCGAGGGACUUGGCGAUGUCCUGUAUGCAAUAAAACAGCAUUGUUAGAGGGACUUGAAGUGGACCAGUACAUGUGGGGGAUCUUGAAUGCUAUCCAAAACUCUGAAUUUGAGGAGGUGACUAUUGACCCAACGUGUAGCUGGCGGCCCGUGGCCAUCAAAUCUGACAUCCACAUCAAAGAGGAUCCAGAUGGACCGCUGGCCAAGCGGUUUAAGACCAUGAGUCCUAGUCAGAUGAUCAUGCCCAAUGUGAUGGAGAUGAUAGCUCAGCUUGGCCCCGGGCCUUCACCUUACCCAUCGCUACCCAUGCAGCAAGGCGGCAACAACAGCGAGUACAACCAAGGCAACAGUUACCAGGGCCAUGGGAACUUUGACUUCCCUCAUGGAAACCCUGGUGGUACGUCGAUGAAUGAUUUCAUGCAUGGCCCCCAGCUGUCCCACCCACCCGACAUGCCCAACAGCUUGAUGAACCAAGACAAGCCACUCUCUCACAACAUGCCCGACUCGAUACCUCACCCUGUCAGCACUGAUCAGUCGCAUAGCUCGUUGCAGCAGAGCUUACACGCCUCUCCCCAUCCUGGAAACCAGUCAGGGCAGCAGCUACACCACAGCGGGCCUCCUCAGUCUUCACGACAGCCUCUGCCACCUCAACAGCAACAGCAGCAGCAGCAGCAGCAACAACAACAGCAGCAACAACCACCACCGGGCCCCAACAACCAUCCUCACGGAGACCUGGCCUUCAACCCGUCCAACAGCUUGGACAGUCAAGCAGGGUCGGACAUGCCCGAGCCUUCUUUGGACCUGCUUCCAGAGCUUGCUAACCCAGAUGAGCUGCUGUCCUACCUGGAUCCCCCAGACCUCCCCAGCAAUAGCAACGACGACCUUCUCUCGCUCUUCGAAAACAACUGAGAGGCGAUCCGGACACGCAGACACACACACAUAUAUAAACUAUUGAGACUGCCUAGAGUUCACCUGUGAUCCGGGGUGAGGAGGGGCAGUCGCUCAGUACUUGAUAAACACAAAGAUGCACUCCCUUUCUCUUCUUCCUCUUGUACAGUUUUCAUUCGCCAGCGCAGAAUGACUGAGUGAGGUUUAUGCUCAAAGACACGGCGGUAUUCGGGGUCGGCCUGCCCUCUUGCCCUGUGGCGAUAACCUUUGAACUGUGCAGCUAUAUUCGGUUGAUUUGUUUGUUUUUUUUUCUUUUUUUUUUCGUUUUUCUUUUUUGUAUGUCACACAGGUGUAUGUGUGCACAUUAGGAAAGUGUUGUAGCAUUUUUUAAAUUCAUAUUUUGUUUCCUUUUUCAGAAAAAAAAAAAGGAAUUCAUUGUAUACAAAAGAAAAAAAAAACAACUGAAAAAACCCUUCCCUAUCUGGUCAGUGUGCAUUAUGUCCGUAUUGUUUUUACCGAUUGGCGAGGCUGCAGCUUCCCAGUGUCAUGGUUCCUCUUUCCCAACUGGUUAGUAGCACUGUUUUGUCUGCCACUCAUCAUUUAAAAGCACAAGAGAUUACGGCAAUGCAAAAAACAAGUUAUUUAAUCUCUCUCUUUACCGUCGGGGGGGGGGGGUGACACGAUCAGUCAGAGAACUAAGCCUGUAUCUGUCGAUUACAAAACAUUCAUUUCAUCGUUACUUCCUUGGUAGUUUUACUUUCUGUCUUUCGCUGUCCCCCAAAAUCCCGGAAACUUUUCUUUUUCCGAGACCGUUUGGCUUCCACUUCGUUCUGCGAUAAUCAUCGUGAUUCAUAAAGAGACGUCCUUCCUUCUCACUCCUCCGAGGGCUCACAGCUGGAACGGGGAGGACUUUUGGCCGACCGUCUUUUCGAAAGCGACUCAGCUAAAGACAAACAAACAAGAAGCCGAAAUGGGUAUUUAUUAUCAAAAAAACAAAACAAAACAAAAAAACUCACAAUAGCACACUAUACCUCUGAAUACGGUGCAUCUUCCUGAACGGGGGAGUGAUGUCAAUGGAAAAGAAAGGUACAACACGAGAGAAUGGGGUGGGGGUGGUGGUGGUGUGGUUAUCCGGCUUGAGUUUAUUGCUUCUUCCUGUAGCUCCUUUCAUGCUGUCCGCUCCGCAUGAGCCCACCGUCUGCUUGCGUCAGCAUCUCCGCAAAAUUUGCAUCUCUUGUACCUGUUAAAUGAUGUACUGUUUUUUAAGUAGUCUUCAAAGUGCAUGGUGCCAAGCCCUUGUCUAGUGAUAUACCAAGUGGUAAAAGAUAGUGUGGUUUUAUCAGUUGCUGUUUCUGCAGCUCUUUUGUCUCUUUGUAUGUUUUUGUUUGUUUGU